AAUACGAGAAAAAAAAAAUUUUUAAGAAAAAUAAAAAGAUAAUUUAACACGUGCUCCCAAUUGAAAAAGUGAAUAGAAAAAAUAUCACAAUUUAUUUAAAAUAUCUGCAACUUCUGUGAAUAGGUAUUCUGAAAUUGCAUAAAACUUCAUUGGCCACAGAUAGAGAUAAAGCGAGAGCGAGGGGAAUAGAAGAGAAGAGAAGAGACAAGACGAUAACUUGGUCAACUGAUAAGUGACAACGACGACACUUUCUUCUCCGCUGACCGCUGAUUUAUUUCAUUUGCCUCAAUUGACCUGCCCGGUUGAGAAAGAGAGGAGAGGGAGAGCGUCACAAGACCCACCGUCGUCGAGACCCAUUUUCAUUACUAACCCAAACUGGACGCACGCACCAUUCCGUAUCGACCGCUAAAUCUUGGCGGCCAUCAGCCGCCUCUUAUGGCCGAAUUGCCAACGACGCCAAAUGGCGUCACAACGGGCGAUUAUCUGCGGUCCCUAAGUCAUUUGACUUCGGCGGAUUUGCGUACAGCCCAAUUGGUUCACGAUUACAAACCAUUCAACAUUAGUGAGUUUCGUCAGAAUGUCGAACGUUUGGAUUAUUCGCUGAAAAAUGGUCUAAUGCAGCAUCAGCAGCAACAGCAACAGCAGCAACAACAGCAGCAGCAACAGCAAUUGCUUCAUCAGCAACAGCAGCAACAGCAAUUGAAGGGUUCAAGUUAUAGUGCUCCAAGUUCUCCGCCCACGCCCACUCAGGAGGAGCAGAAGUAUGAUCCCAGCCGUUCGCCAACACGACAUUUGGGCGGUGGCAGUAAUGAAUCAUCACCGGAAGAUCAGCGAAGAGGAAGCGGAGGUGGAGCAUCUGGUGGUGCGGGCGGCGGUGAUGAUCAAACAAAACCAUAUAAAUGCGCUUCGUGCACCAAAUCGUUUGCCAACUCAUCAUAUCUGUCGCAGCAUACACGAAUCCAUUUGGGCAUCAAACCCUAUCGCUGUGAGAUCUGUCAACGCAAGUUCACCCAACUAUCACACCUGCAACAGCAUAUACGAACGCAUACGGGUGAUAAGCCAUAUAAAUGUCGACAUGCCGGCUGUCCCAAGGCCUUCUCUCAAUUAUCCAAUCUGCAAUCGCACUCCCGCUGCCAUCAGACGGACAAGCCAUUCAAAUGCAAUUCGUGCUAUAAAUGCUUUGCCGAUGAGAUGACGCUACUAGAGCAUAUUCCCAAGCACAAGGACUCCAAACACCUGAAAACGCACAUAUGUAAUUUGUGUGGAAAAUCCUACACACAGGAGACUUAUCUGGCUAAGCACUUGCAGAAGCAUGCGGAGAAGGCGGAGAAACAUCAACAGCAGCGUCAUACGGCAGCCAGUCAAUUGGUUGGAGGCUCCGGAAUCGGUGGCCUUCAGCAUCAACAUGUUCCAGCUGGUGGAAUCGGCUUGAAUCUGCAGCGACAGGCGGCAAUGAAUGAUGUGAAUGCAGCGUAUUGGGCCAAAAUGGGGGCAGACAGUGCCGCUGCCUCCCUGGCGGAGGCUAUACAGCAGCAACUACCUCAGGCCAAUGGACAAACAUAUGCCAAUUUUGCCUCAUUGCAGCAGCAGCAGCAACAACAACAGCAACAACAUCAGCAGCAACAACAACAGGAAUUGCUGCAGCAUCACCGUUUAGCCGAUACUCCAGGACAUUCGCAUAGUCCGCACGAUGCGGAUGCGGCCAAUGCAGUGGGUGAAGAUCUUGUCUUGCGUCAGUCAUCGCAUCUCCAGCAACAGCAGCAGCAAUCCUCACCGGCAACGGGUGGUGCAUCGGCCUUUACGCCCCUAACGACUGCCCAGCCCCCGCCUCCAACCUCGCAUCUGCAACAGCAUCGCUCGGCCGCCCCGCCGCCAGGAGCAGCAGCCACAGCGGCCUACCUUUAUCAACAGAAUGCCGCUGCCGCAGCAGCUGCAGCUGCCUCUAGUUUUCCCACACAACUGAUAUCACUGCAUCAAAUACGAAAUUAUGCCCAUCCGCCGGGAUCAGCUGUGGCAGCAGCGGCCGCUGGUCUCGAUCAUCUAACCUCGUUGGGUCUUAGCGCCGUUUCGGCGGUCAAAGAGAAAGCUCAAUAGUACAGGCGAAACGUCGGAGUGGGGGGAGGAGCAGCAGCAGCAGGAGGUGGUAGCCAGAAGAGGCAGCAACGAUGACAUUAGAUUGUAAAAAUGUAACAAAACAAAUUGGAACAAAAUCUAGAACGAAGAGUUGUGCGCAUGUAUUAGAAAAGCAAAGAAUUAAAAUCUUUCCUUUACUAUAUUUCAUUCUAAUUGUAAGAAUAAUAAUUUUAGUUAGGCUGAAAUCUAAGCGGAAGCAAGAAGCUUUAAUUAAGAAAAUGAUAGACGUUUUCCCCCUCCUGCCUAUAGAUAUAUAGUUCUCUCUCUAUGUGUAUCUUAUUGUCAAAAGAAAACGCAAUCAUAAUUCUUGAAAUUCUCAUCAUCAAUUUGAGUGUGUUUUCUUUUCCUUUGUUACCUUCCAUUUCACCACUGCCAAAAAACAAGAAAUCGUUUAUCAUUUUCUAUUCUUCUUUCUUCUGCCAUUGAUUUGCAUUAUAUUUUUGUUAGAUAUCAACUCAGGAUAUGUCAUUUUAGAAUGUGUUUUAUAGACAUAAAUUAUUUAUGAAACAAUUGACUCAACCCACACAAAAACUUUCACAAUCCUAACCGUCCUUUCUAAUUCUUUUCCCCUUUUCCAAACAAAUGAGCAGAGAACAAUCCUCCGCCUCUUACUGUAACAAACGAUAAGCAAUAUUUAUACAAAAAAAAGGAAAAAACAACAAACAACACAAGUAAAUGUAAAGUCAAGAAAACAAAAACCCUAAUCAACUUGAAUGAGUCAGAAUUUCUGUGAAACUCAACAUAAAUUCAGGUGAAUUACAGUUUUUGCACCUUGUUGUAAUUUUCUCCUUAGGUGCCGUACCAAGUACUGCGAUAAUCUUUUAAUAAUUAAAUAUUAGUAAUAUA